AUGCCGGCGAGCGACCGUCUGGACAAGGUCUUUGCGGCACUCUUGGCCCGCCGGGAAGCCAAGAGUCAGCUCCGGCGCUUGACUCUCGUUCCGGCCGGCAGCGCCGACUUUUCGUCCAAUGCGUACCUCUCUCUGUCGACCCACCCCGACGUCCAGGCUCGGUAUCUUGCCCGAAUCAAGGCCCACCUCGAGCCGUCCCCGUCCCCGUCCCGGAAGGUCGACGACGGAGAUGAUAGGACCCGUACCAAGCUCAACGGCAGCAGCCACAGUGCACCUCUCCUCGGCUCCGGUGGUUCGCGCUUGUUAGACGGCAAUGUGUCCCUCGCAGAGUCUCUCGAGCGAGACAUUGCCGCGUUCCACCGCGGCCCGGCCGGGCUGCUCUUCAAUUCGGGCUUUGACGCCAACGUCGGGCUCUUUAGCUGCGCGCCCCAACCCGGCGAUAUCAUUGUGUACGAUGAGCUCAUCCACGCAAGCGUGCACGAUGGCAUGAAAUUGAGUCGGGCGGAAAAGAAGAUUGCCUUUGCACACAACACGGUGGAGCCCACUGAAACCCAGCAAUGGCCCCAGAGCUUGACCGAGGUCCUCUCGAGAUUAAUCGAUGGCGAGGAAGGCCGGCCGGUGCGUGAAGGCCGGAAACGCGUCUUCGUCGCCGUCGAGGGGGUCUAUAGCAUGGACGGGGACGUGGCACCGCUCAAGAAAGUCGUCGAGUGCGUGGAACGGCUGCUCCCCCGCGGCAACGGCCUGGUCAUCGUCGACGAGGCGCACUCGACAGGGCUUCUCGGGCCACGAGGGCGGGGACUCGUCUGCGAGCUCGGUCUCGAGGAUCGGGUCUGGGCUCGAGUGCACACCUUUGGCAAGGCAAUGAGUUGCUCAGGAGCAAUCAUCUUGUGCUCCCACAUCACUCGGUCGUACCUCAUCAACUACGCCCGCAGUCUCAUCUACACCACCGCCAUGCCAUUCACGUCUCUGGCAAGCAUCAAGACGGCGUACGACUUUAUUACCAACGGCCACGCUGAGCCUCUCCUCCGCCAUCUCUGGUCCCUGGUCAACCAGACAAACCAGCUGUUGCUAGAGCUACUGGACCGUCAUCGCCCAGAUAGAAAACUCAUGCACCUCGCUCCAGGGAAGCCGAGAUCGCCCAUCAUACCACUCUUUACUUCAGAUCCUCGGGGUCUCGCACAGCACUGCCAGAAGCGGGGGUUCAUGCUGAGGCCCAUUGUUGCGCCCACUGUCCCGGUGGGCAGUGAGCGGGUGAGGAUCUGCCUCCACGCCGGUAACUCUGUGGAGGAGGUCGAGGGUCUGGUCUCUGCGAUCGAGGGCUGGCUGGUGGCUCAGCCGACGCACCAAGGACAAUUAUUUGACAAUGCUCUGAUAGGCCAGCCCGGGCCGCCAAAGUCACGGCUAUAA